AUGGUCUCCAGAACUCCUCAGAACACACCGGCCAAUAAUGCGCCCAUCUCAUCGCGCGCGCAGGCCCCAGACCUGUCGACGCUGAAUGAAGAGGAUCUCGACCGCGCCGCCGCAGCCUCCAUCUUCGCUCAGAACCCUCGCCUGGUGUCGAUGAUGCAGAACAAGCUUUCUGGCUUGAUUGGCAAGUCCAGCGGCUACGUUGAGUCACUCCCCGCUCCCAUCCGGAGACGCGUUGCUGGACUCAAGGGCGUGCAGAAGGAGCACUCCAAGCUCGAGGCACAGUUCCAGGAAGAGGUCCUUGAGUUGGAGAAGAAGUUCUUUGCCAAAUUUACCCCGCUCUACGAGAAGCGUGCGAAGAUCAUCAAUGGAGCCGCUGAGCCAACCGACUCCGAGGUCGAGGCCGGCGAGGAAGAUGAUGAAACAGACGAGGAGGCGGAAGAGGCCAAAGCAGCUGCAGACAAAGAGGCCGAGAAUGCAGAGCCCGCCAAGGGUAUCCCAGAGUUCUGGUUGAGCUCGAUGAAGAACUCUUCGCUCGCCGAGACCAUUACAGAGCGUGACGAGGAAGCUCUCAAGUUUCUCACUGACAUUCGCAUGGAGUACCUCGAUCGCCCGGGCUUCCGCCUGCUCUUCGAGUUCGCCGAGAACCCAUUCUUCACCAACAAGGUCCUCUCCAAAACCUACUACUACCAAGAAGAGAAUGGGUAUGGAGGUGACUUCAUCUACGAUCGCGCCGAGGGUGACAAGAUCGACUGGAAGCAGGGCCAGGAUCUGACUGUGAAGGUGGAGAGCAAGAAGCAGCGCAACAAGAAUACCAAACAGACUCGCAUCGUCAAGAAGACAAUCCCUACUCCGUCAUUCUUCGACUUCUUCAACCCAGCAACCCCACCUGAGGAUGAUGACGAUGAAAUCGACGACGAUAUUGAGGCUAAGCUGGAACUUGACUAUCAGCUGGGUGAAGACAUCAAGGAGAAGCUCAUCCCUCGCGCCAUCGACUGGUUCACUGGAGAGGCUCUGCAGUUCGAGCAAGGCAUGGAUGACUUCGACGAGGACGACUUCGAAGAUGAAGAUGACGAGGACGAGGACGAUGAGGACCGUGAUGAGGAUGACGAGGAUGAGGACGAAGACGAGGAGGACGGUGGCAAGCCCAAGCAAGAGACGGCCGAGUGCAAACAGAGCUAG